AUGCUCCGCCAGGUAAUCGCUAGAUCAUUUCGGCUUUCCAGAUGCUGCAUAUCUAGGAGGCUAUACUCUACUAAACCCCCCAGGCCUGAUGAAAUGCCCAAAUUUAGAAACUUGAUAAUUGUUUCUGUAAUUGGUACGCUAAUCUUUAUACAAGCAGUCAAUGCUGUUGAUAAGAAUAAGCCUAAAAACUCCUUUUCAGAAGAUGAAUACUCAAGGAUUAUGUCUGGUUUAAAGAGGAAGAUAUCUAUUUUUUCUCAGGGUGACAUUACUGUACAUCUUGUACCAUCGACUAUCUCGACUAAUAAGCUGCCAGAUUAUAAAGAGUCAAAAAUCAUUGAAGUACGUGAUGUUGCUGAAUACUACAGGAAGCAGGAGAAUGAUAGAUAUCAAGCUCUUCUGGAUGAAACUUUUAAUGUCCAUAAAGAAAACUACUUGAGCAAAUUGCCAGUUGGAACCAUAGCUAUGCUGCUAGGAAGAUACAUGAAAGAUCGGUGCCAAAAAGGUGACACCGUUUAUGUUGUAGGCUUCCCUGAUUCCAUAAAAGAGGCAAUUAAAUUCGAAACCGAAGUUUCCGUGGUCUCCUCCGUUAUCUCAAACAAGACGACCCAAGACUUUGAACUUGUUAAAUAUUUUCAAACAGUCGAUAAAAUUACUACUAUUUAA